AUGGGGCCCCUUUACUGCCUUUUGUUGCUCGGCGUCGGAAUCAUAGGUCCUGCUAUCGCGCAAGAUCUUACCAUACCUUCAGGAUGGAAUGUGAGCUCAUCGGACACAGUCUCACGGACUGAGCGCGAGGCGUAUGCCAACGAGGCCGCCGCCGCCCUCGUUCAGAACAUAGUCUCCAAUGGAAGCCUUUCCGACACAACCGAAAGCCAAGCUCUCGCGAGCAUGUACACCGUUCUCGCGUUGCAGGAUACGUUGAGUGGUAACUCGACCUGGAAGAACACCAUUUCGAACAGCAUGAAGACGUGGGUGCAACACAUCGACAUAUUUGGCAAUGGUACAGUCGGGUCGAGGCGCACAAACAGCAAUGGGAUACAAUGGGCGCUUGCCUCCUAUUACGCGUACAAAGCUUACGGCGACCCUUACUUCUUGAAUGUCUCUCAGAACGCCUUCAGUACGACCUACAAGGACUACAUCACACCCUCCGUUGCUGCAGCGAGCCAAAGCGCGCCAGGCCGCAAUAUCUCCGCCGUCAACUCCUCUGGGUGCUUUUCCCAUGCGGCUGGUGGCAUUUUCUGGCUUCCGGACGUCCCCGACAACACUCAAGUUCAGGCAGACACCGUCGGGCCGUUUGCAGUUCUCGCGGGGCAUCUAUUCGAGGAAACUGGCAACACCACCUACCAAACGCUUGGCCUCCAGUCGCUCGACUUCAUGGGAGAUCUCGGGUGGGAUCAGGGGAAUGUCAUGGAAGUGGGCGUCAUCGACGUCUACCCCUGCGGGCGUAACACCGGAAAGAGCCCCGGGAUACAGGGAUGGUAUAUAUACGCCCUCGCUAUCUUCGCGAACAUCACAUCCGGUAGUGAUACUGGCACGACACUGACCGGCCAAUUGCGAACGGCGGUCUCCACUGCAGGAAGAACGCCUUCUUGGACACAAUCGAAUGGUGUCCUGAUAGACACGCAAGAUACUGCCUACUCUCUGAACGACGAUGAAUUCGAUUCAAAAGCAAUCCUUGUUCGUGCACUGAGCGAGACCUUACGUCGCAAUCCCUCAUCAACUGGUGGGGAUCUAGUGCAUUUCAUCCAGUCGUUCUUGACAAUACAGUACGACUCGGUUACUACAGCGGCCCGUAACGGCAGCUCUUAUGCAAUAGCGCCUGCUGGACCCGCACCCGCCAAGUUCUCGAAUGAAGGCAACAUCAUGGCACUCGACAUGCUGAAUGCAGCAUUUGCCAUGGCACCAAAAGAUGUAGCGGUUCCUAGCUCUUCAUCAACGACGAGUCCCUCGUCGACGGGUAGCUCGCAACCUUCGACUUCAUCCGGAUCUCCGAUCCCUUCACCUUCGCAUGUGGGAGCCAUUGUGGGAGGCGUUGUGGGCGGCAUUGGCGGGCUCUGUAUCAUGGUCGGCGUGUACUUCUGGUGGCACCAUAAGCGCCGCAAGGCAGAGCAACUCGCUACUCCUGGCGAGUCAUUCGUCGAGCCAUUCUUCAGCCCGACCCGCAUGGUCACUGAGCCAUACCAACCAGGGGAUCCAAAUCCCCAGCACGGAAACAUGUAUAGAUCAAGUUUCAGAGGCCCUGGACACCGUUCGAAGUUGGCUCGCGAACUUCCUUCAACGCCAUCACUGCCGCGCACUAUACCGACCUCUUCGACAAACCUAUCUGAUACCCAGUCAUCCAGCCUGACACCCAUGAUGGACCAACACGCUGAUCUUCCCGCUCUGGUAGGGCGACUUGUUCACGACCUCCUGCGCGACCGGGACGCAGUUUCUGCUCCACCAGAGUAUGGAGAACAGUGA